UUUCACGUUGCUCUGGUAACGGCUCAUGUAGGCGUUCAAUCACACUUCCAGCUAGCUGUAUUUUGUCAUUUUGUUUUAACUCCCUCAAUGUUUAACUUGCUCUUUGGUUGUAGUUUUAGCUCCCUAUACGGUUUUUACUACUUACUUGUCUGCUCCAUUGUGAAAAUUAAAUUCAAAUCGUUUUAUUUACACUACUACAGGCCUAAUUACAUACAUUGCUUAGGCCUUCUAUCCUUUAAACCUUUUCCUUCGAGUAGCCUAUAUUUGAACAUAUAAUCUGUUCUUAAAGAUGAAGAGGACUCCAAAGAUCAACAAACGCUAGCACAAGCAAGAAAAUGACUGAACAUACAAACUCUUUUGACAGGCAUCACCCGACAUCUCCAGCUGAGGAAACUACAUCAGAGACUAAUGUCAUUCUUGUCCCACAGCUGGAAACUGUUUUCAGCCGAGCAGCCAGGAUCAUCCAGCGAGCAUGGAGGACACAUAUUGAUACUGCUGUUUUCAAGUACCUCAAGAAACUAGUGAGCUUCCAUAAUCAAGGGGAUCCACGUCUCCUUCUUAGAUUUAUUAACCCUGCAGAGGCUAAUAUUCUGGAUGCUGCUUCAGGGGCUCUUAUCCGAUUCAGACUGGGUGGGCCAACCUAUCCUCCAAACAUCUACUUUAAAAUAUACACUCGUGCACCCAUAGUGGACAUGUGUGCCUGCAGUCCUAAAGAUUACACACAGCAAAAGAUACCAGCACCAAGCCAGAUCCAUAAUGGCCGACAGACGAUCUGUGCUGAGGAUGAUCACUCUGGGUGGUACCAGCGGGUGGAGAACAAUGGCUGGAGGAUUUUGUCUUGCAAGAUUUCCAUGUUUGAAGACCCAAUAACUCAAGAUACCAAUAAGAAGAAGAUAGAAUUCCAUCACAGCAAAAUCCAUCGGCGACAAGAUGUUGCAAGAAAGAGGAAGAUUCGAAAAAUUGAAUGGAUGAGGAAAAUGUAUGCUGAGGGUCUCCUGAAUGAUCAUACAAAACACUGCGAAACAACUCUGCUGGUGCACAAAUCCACACAAAGAACGAUGGAUUCACUCCAACAAACUGAACCAGAUUCAGUUUCAGAGCAGGAAGUGGAUGAACUGCUCGCAUGGACCAAUGCUCUUAAUUUUGAUGAGUAUAUCGAUGAUUGGAUGACUUUGGGCACCAGCAAAUGCUGCAUAGUUAAAGAUGAGCUGUCAGAGAGUGACCAGAGAGACUUGGCUUGUGUCUCUGUGCAUGAUAUUUGUAAGAUUCCUCUGAUCAGUCAGGAUGACAGUCCAGUGGUGAGCCAACAUCUGGAUCACAUCUGAGAAUGGAAUGUAUCAUGCAACUCUAGUAAUAUUCUCAUUUGCUUGAUUAGGUUGAAUAAAUAAAACACGUAUGAACACUUA